CUGUGGCCGCGCGCCCCUCCGCGCCCCCUCCGCUGCCGCCGGCGGCGCUCGCGGCCCCGCGCGGCUCCCGCAGCUCCCCGCAGGCUCGGGCCGCGCGGCGACGGAGCGGGAAGGAGGCGGCGCUGCCCGGUUUGUUUGUAAAUGCAUCAUAAACAGACAGCCCAGAAUGAAGAAAGCAAGCAGGAGUGUUGGCUCAGUGCCCAAAGUGCCUGGAGUAAGUAAAACUCAAACAACUGAAAAAAACAAACCGGAAAACGGCUCCUCAGUGUCUGCAGUAACAAAACUCUCAAAAACGGGGACUUCGGCAUCCCUUCUGAAGACUAAGAGUAAUGAUGACCUCUUAGCGGGGAUGGCUGGUGGUGGUGGUGGAGUGACAAUGACCAAUGGUGUCAAGGCAAAGAAGAGCACUUGUGUAUCAACAGCAUCUUCAGCUUCAGGGACCACCAUGAACAGUCUGGAAAAUAAACCAAAAACUGUUGCAGGUACAAGUUCCACAGCUAAGCGUAGCACUUCAUCUGGAAAUAAAGAAUCAAGCUCUUCUAGGGAGAGAAUACGUGACCGUUCCCGUUUGAGCCAGAGCAAAAAGCUACCUUUGACUGGACAAGGGACCAAUGAUAUGGUACUGGCAAAACGUUCUCGUAGUCGUACCAAUCCAGAAUCGGAUAUUCGAAUGAGCAAGUCCAAAUCAGACAAUCAGAUCAGUGACAAAGCUGCUUUGGAAGCGAAGGUGAAUGAUCUUCUGACGUUAGCAAAAACUAAAGAUGUGGAAAUCUUGCAUCUGAGGAAUGAACUAAGGGAUAUGCGUGCUCAACUGGGACUUAAUGAAGAUCAACUUGAAGGCGAUGAAAAAUCUGAAGAAAAGGAGGCCAUUGUUGUCCAUCAGCCCACUGAUGUGGAGUCCACAUUGCUGCAGUUACAGGAGCAAAACACUGCCAUCCGAGAAGAGCUCAACCAGUUGAAAAAUGAGAAUCGAAUGCUAAAAGACAGAUUAAAUGCAUUAGGCUUUUCUUUGGAACAAAGGCUGGACAACUCUGAAAAGCUGUUUGGCUAUCAGUCUUUGAGUCCAGAGAUUACAGCUGGCAACCACAGUGAUGGUGGUGGUACUCUGACGUCUUCAGUGGAAGGUUCUGCCCCAGGAUCGAUGGAAGAUCUGUUAAGUCAGGAUGAAAAUACUUUGAUGGACAAUCAACAUAGUAAUUCAAUGGACAAUUUAGACAGUGAGUGCAGUGAAGUUUAUCAGCCACUGACAUCAAGUGAUGAUGCCUUAGAUGCUCCAUCAUCUUCGGAGUCUGAAGGUGUACCAAGUAUAGAAAGAUCUAGGAAAGGAAGCAGUGGCAAUGCCAGUGAGGUGUCUGUAGCUUGUCUGACAGAACGGAUACAUCAGAUGGAAGAGAACCAACACAGUACAGCAGAAGAACUCCAGGCAACACUUCAAGAGCUUGCGGAUUUGCAACAAAUAACACAAGAGCUGAACAGCGAGAAUGAAAGACUUGGAGAGGAGAAAGUAAUCCUUAUGGAAUCUUUGUGCCAGCAAAGUGACAAAUUAGAACACUUCAGCCGGCAGAUCGAGUAUUUUCGGUCCCUUUUAGAUGAACACCAUAUCUCAUAUGUAAUUGAUGAAGAUAUGAAAAGUGGUCGCUAUAUGGAGUUAGAGCAACGUUACAUGGACCUUGCAGAGAAUGCUCGGUUUGAGCGAGAGCAGCUGUUAGGUGUUCAGCAGCACUUGAGCAACACUUUGAAGAUGGCAGAACAAGACAACAAGGAGGCCCAAGAAAUGAUAGGGGCGUUAAAAGAACGAAAUCACCACAUGGAACGGAUUAUUGAAUCGGAGCAGAAGAGCAAGACAGCAAUAGCAUCCACCUUAGAGGAGUACAAAGCCACGGUAGCCGGUGACCAAAUUGAGAUGAACAGGCUGAAAGCUCAAUUAGAACACGAAAAGCAGAAGGUGGCUGAGCUGUAUUCUAUACACAACUCUGGAGAUAAAUCAGAUAUACAAGACUUGCUGGAGAGUGUCAGACUGGAUAAAGAAAAAGCAGAGACAUUGGCCAGUAGUCUGCAAGAAGAGCUGGCACACACUCGCAAUGAUGCCAAUCGAUUGCAGGAUGCCAUUGCUAAGGUUGAAGAUGAAUACAGAGUGUUCCAAGAAGAAGCCAAGAAACAAAUUGAAGAUCUCAACGUGACUCUAGAAAAACUUCGUACAGAGCUGGAUGAAAAAGAGACUGAGAGAAGUGACAUGAAAGAAACUAUCUUUGAGCUGGAGGAUGAAGUAGAGCAGCAUCGUGCUGUGAAACUUCACGACAAUCUCAUCAUAUCUGAUUUGGAGAAUACUGUUAAAAAACUUCAGGACCAAAAGCAUGACAUGGAAAGAGAAAUAAAGAAUCUUCACAGGAGACUCCGGGAGGAGUCAGCAGAAUGGCGUCAGUUCCAAGCUGAUCUACAGACUGCAGUGGUUAUAGCAAAUGAUAUAAAAUCUGAGGCCCAGGAAGAGAUAGGAGACCUAAAGCGUAGAUUACAUGAAGCUCAGGAGAAAAAUGAGAAGCUCACUAAAGAGUUGGAGGAAAUAAAGUCACGCAAGCAGGAAGAAGAACGUGGUCGAGUGUACAAUUACAUGAAUGCUGUAGAAAGAGAUUUGGCAGCCCUGAGACAGGGAAUGGGGCUGAGUCGCAGGUCGUCUACUUCCUCAGAGCCAACUCCUACUGUAAAAACACUCAUCAAGUCAUUUGACAGUGCCUCCCAAGUUCCAAGUCCUGCUGCUGCCACAAUUCCUCGCACUCCCCUGAGUCCGAGCCCCAUGAAAACUCCCCCAGCUGCUGCUGUGUCCCCUAUGCAGAGGCAUUCUAUAAGUGGACCAAUCUCUGCUUCAAAACCCCUUGCUACUUUGACGGACAAAAGACCAAGCUAUGCUGAAAUCCCUGUUCAAGAACACUUGUUGAGAACAUCUUCUACCAGCAGGCCAGCAUCGUUGCCAAGAGUACCUGCUAUGGAAAGUGCCAAGUCUAUUUCGGUUUCUCGAAGAAGUAGUGAAGAAAUCAAACGGGAUAUCAGUGCACCUGAUGGAGCAUCUCCAGCCUCUCUCAUGGCAAUGGGUACCACCUCACCACAGCUCUCGCUCUCAUCUUCUCCUACAGCAUCAGUCACCCCUACCACCCGAAGUCGAAUACGGGAAGAAAGGAAAGAUCCUUUGUCCGCCCUAGCAAGAGAAUAUGGAGGAUCCAAGAGAAAUGCCUUACUGAAGUGGUGCCAGAAAAAAACAGAAGGAUAUCAGAAUAUCGACAUAACAAACUUCAGCAGCAGCUGGAAUGAUGGCUUGGCUUUCUGUGCAGUCCUCCAUACUUACCUCCCAGCCCAUAUUCCAUAUCAAGAACUAAACAGCCAGGACAAGAGAAGAAAUUUCACUUUGGCGUUUCAGGCAGCUGAAAGUGUUGGCAUCAAGUCUACUCUGGACAUCAAUGAAAUGGUGCGAACUGAGCGUCCAGACUGGCAGAAUGUCAUGCUGUAUGUUACAGCAAUUUACAAAUACUUUGAAACCUGAAGCCUUGAUAAUCCAACAGACUUGUGGGAUAGAACCAACAUUAGCUACCAGAUGGAAAUUUACUGAAAUGCUAAUCUCCAUUUCACUGAAAACUGGCAACGUUUUGCGUCCUCUCAGACUUCAGUGACAUGAUCCUGGAUUGCCUCAAGUUGCUUCAGCUACUAAGCCUGGAAACACCUGUUUAAAAGCAAGAACUUGUUGCCACACUGCUGGGAAUAACCCAAGUUAUUAAGCUAUCCGGAUUAACUAUGUAGCUAAAAAGCCUGGACUUCUUAUGUACUGCCUUUCCAGCCAGACUUCCUGAAGCUCUCUUUCCUAAGAGAGUGAGAUGAAUGGAUCGUCUAGUAUAUAGGAGACUGAAUGUACAGCUAAAGCUUUGAGAAAGAAAAGGAUAAUAUGGCAUCAUAAUACUGAACUUUCUGUAGUGUCCCGAUACCACAGAGUCUGAAUAUUCUACCCACAACUUACGGCGCCCCAAAUGCAGUAGAAUGAUUGAUGGUAAUUUAGUUACUGCCUUUAUAGCUAUUUUCCCUCCUUUAAAAUGUGCACAGUAUUCUAGGAAAACAAGCUUUUAUUCCAUAAUGUCAACUUAACUGAAAAGUGCACCCGAUACCUCAAAGAAAUUGGCACAGAAGAACUCUUCAUUACAAAGCUUCAUUAUAAGCCUACCUCUGUCACAGUAAUGUGGCUUCCAACUUUAUUGUAUGGAUUGUAAAGACUAGCACAUACAACUCCUGGUUUUCAGGGUACGGUAUGCUUAAAGGAAUCUGUCAUAAAAUCUCCCUGUGCUUCCGUUAUAGCAGAGAUUAAUCAAUAAUCUGCCCUUGUAUGGCUUUUUCUUUCCCCUGUUCCUCCUUGGCCUGUGUAGUACACACAGCCACCCCCGGCUUUACUGUACAGCAAUACGAGCAUACGUCAUGAAUUUCUGUGGUAGGAUUUUGGAACUGGGAUAGCAUUUCCUCUUCAGAGAAGAUAGUUUCAAUAAGAUGUAGUAAUGAAGUAGCUUGUCUCAGAAUCUAGCUUUGCCGUGUUUCCCAUGUGUUUUUCACUAACCUUGCACAUCCUCAUCUGGUUGACAGAAGAUGAGCCGUUCUCAGACAAGAACUGUGGAGGAACUAGUGUAAUGUGUAUACACCCAGUAGUCUGCCGUGUGGUGUGGAAAAGUCAUUGUCACAAGGAAGGAAUUGAGAAACUUUAGUCUGCUCAACUUUUAUUUUCCUAGAAUGCACCUGAAUUUGUGUAACAGCUCUUGGGCAGAAGAGUUCAUGUAAGUGCCUUAGCUAUCAUUGAAUUGAUGCAUCCUGGCACUUCACGGCCUCGUGCAGAAUGUUAACAGCUCCGAAUGAUUUCCUUUAUCAAUUUGUCAUAAGCUGUUAAAAUGUUUGUUGUAAUCUUGUUUGUCAAAUCAAGGGAAGACUUCACUCUA